AUGUCUCUUGUUGUACACCAGGGCAACACAGACCCCUUUGUGCUGCGAUUGACUGGCCACAAGGGCCCAAUAUUGUCAAAUAGGUUUAAUGACGACGGAUCUUUGCUGGCAUCGGGUGGAGUCGAUCGUAACCUGUGCAUAUGGAGGGUCCCCGAGUCUCCCCAGGAUAUCAAAGAAGAGCUCCAGUUCGAGUUCAACGUCACAAAUAUUACCAAGUCCGCUAUCACAAGUAUCAGAUGGUCACAAACCAACGAAAACCAUUUGUUUGUGGCGUCCGCAGACUCCACAGCUAGUAUAUUCGACAUUGUCAAGAACCGUAAAGUCAAGACAUUCCACCACAAGUCGUGCAUAAACGACCUUUCGAACUCGUCAAGCGACACAUUGGUUACCUGUUCGGACGAUGGCGCGGUCAAGUUGUGGGACUUCCGCUCCAGAUUCGAGCUGGACACAAUCUCAAGCAAAUACCCUGUGCUAUCGUGUGCUAUAGCCAAAAAAGACUACAGAUUCUACUUCGCCGGAAUCAACCCGUCAGUGAUGGCCUACGACGCCAGAAAACGCAACGAGCUUUGCUGGGAAGAAACCAACCACACAAAUAAUGUCACAUCUUUGAGUCUUUCGCCAGACGAUUCUUAUCUGCUUUCAAGAUCUGUGGAUAAUACAAUUAAAUACUAUGAUGCCAGAUUGUCGAGCAAGGGAAAACGCGCAAGACCGUACAUUUUCGAUGGGUCGCGCUCGUCGAACGAGGAUUUCCUGAUACGCAGCCAGAUCGUGAAGAAACUGGACGGCAAAGAGUACGUUAUCAGUGGAUCCAACGACGCUCACGUGUAUGUCUGGGAAUUUGCCAGUCGACGUGUGGUGAGCAGACUUGACGGCCAUAUUGGAGCGGUCUUGGAUGUUGACAGCAACAGUGGACGGCUUGUGAGCGGAUCCAUAGACGGAUCUUUGAUUCUGCGCUCGUUCUAA